AUGUGUUUCGCGGCGCGCGUGGAAGUGCAAGGACCAGGUAUAGCAGAGCACGGCAAAUACAGAAAUGCGCAGCAAGUACAAUCGAGCGAUGUCGAUGAAAGGGAGCGUCGGGGCAGCUGUUGGGCGCAGCUGAAGAGAGACCGUAGGAAGUUGGAGUGUUGGAUGAUGGGGAUUGAGAGGGCAGGAGUCAGGCAGGUCGAGAAGGAAUGGCACGAAUGGAGCCUCUCGAUGGAGCCAGGCACACGACCGACUAGGACCAUUCGACCUACCAUGGAGGAGAAAUGGGUUAGAGCAACGAGACCGCGUCCUCGGCCCUGUCUGGCGGGACGGGUAUGCAGCAGCGUGCGACCAGUCGCCGCGUCUGCGCUCGCGGGCCUGGACAUGGGUGGUGGGCGGGCUCGGUGGACGUGGAGGAAGAAGUGCAGCCCUGCUGGGCCACAAACAGCGGCCGUCUGA